ACUACGAUCCACCACAUGGGCCAUGGCCCUCUUUGUCCUGGGCGCUUUUGCCAAACCCACGAGACGAGAGGCCCCAAGAGAAAAAAGAGGUGCCGCACCAAUCGUCGAACCCCCGGCCCCCGGCUCGGCUUCCAAACGGCCGUGGCCUCAGACCACUCCGCUCCCUCCCCGAGCUCCGUCCGAUCCGCCGCCCACGGCCCACCCCAUCGUGCCGGCAUCGCGCGCAGGGAGGACCGGCCGGCCGGCCCACCCGCCCGCCAGCCUGCCGCCAUGCCGGGCUCGCCCAAGGUCUUCUUCGCCUCCUCCGCCUCGCGCCGCGGCGGGGCGCUGCGGCGGCUGCUCUCCACGCCGGCCUUCUCCGCGGCCUGCCUCCUCUUCGGCCUCGCCGGCUUCCUCGCCGCCGCGCUCACGCUCUCGCGCUCCCCGUCCGUCACUCACAGCCGCUGCCCGGAUUCCUCGCGCCCGCUCUCCGUCUCCGUCGCGUGGGAUCGCCGCCCGGGGGAUGGCUCCGCCGCGGGCUCCGCGGAGCUCCCGGCCUCGCUCGCCACCGGAUCGCGCGGCCGCCACAAGGUCAUGGCCUUCGUCGGGAUCUUCACCGGGUUCGGCUCCAUUGGACGCCGCCGCGCGCUGCGCCGGACGUGGCUCCCCGCGGAUCGCCAGGGCCUACUUCGAUUGGAGGAAGCUACUGGCCUGGCAUUCCGCUUUGUGAUUGGGAAAAGCAAUUCAAAGAACAAGAUGGCUGCUCUUAAUAGAGAAGUUGAAGAAUAUGAUGAUUUUGUGCUUUUAGAUCUCGAAGAGGAGUAUAGCAGGCUCCCAUACAAAACGUUAGCUUUCUUUAAGGCUGCCUAUGCAUUGUAUGAUUCUGAUUUCUAUGUUAAAGCGGAUGAUGACAUUUACUUGAGACCAGAUAGACUUUCCUUGCUUCUGGCUAAAGAACGGUCACAUCCACAAACAUACAUUGGAUGCAUGAAGAAGGGGCCUGUUUUUACUGAUCCUAAGUUGAAAUGGUAUGAGCCCCAAUCCUUCUUACUCGGAUCGGAAUACUUCCUUCAUGCGUAUGGGCCAAUUUAUGCUCUAUCAGCUGACGUGGUGGCUAGCUUGGUUGCUUUGAGAAACAACAGUUUCCGUAUGUUUAGCAACGAGGAUGUUACAAUUGGAUCUUGGAUGCUUGCCAUGAACGUCAACCAUGAGAACACACAUGCACUUUGUGAAGCUGACUGCACGGAGUCUUCAGUUGCUGUUUGGGACAUUCCAAAAUGCUCAGGGCUAUGCCACCCAGAGGUAAAAAUGCUAGAGCUUCAUCAAAGAAAAGAGUGCACAGGUGGUCCAACUGUUGCAGCUGAGGUGUCCGAGUCUGAGGAUUGAUGUUUUCUUGGUUGGAGCACAAACUACGGAUCUCAUAGUUGACCUCUGCCCCUCACCCAGUAGAUGUGUUUGGAGUAUUCAUUUGAUUCAUCAGGUACAAUCAUUGUGGGAGCACCGCUGAAGGAACCUAUACCGGCUGGCGUCAUAACCUAGUACUGUAGCAAAGGCAUUCUCAUUCAAACAUUCUUGUCACAGCAGCCUUCAUUGCUCCUUUUGCGUUGGAACGUUCAUCCUGUAUCGUAGCAAAAAGGAAUUUUGUUGUAUAGAAAGUACGGAGUAGAAGGAAACAAUGCAUUGUCAAUCGAUAGAUCAUAUACAUACAUCUUCUGAUGCUGUGACUGACUGAAUUAGCGAUAUUCCCUGAGAUUCUCCUUUUGGAGUAAACGCUGAGUCGUCUACUUCGUCUGAUACAAACUAGUGAGCAAGCUGAGUCUUGAGGGUGAUCACUCUA